AUGUCAAACGACGACGACUUAGGAUAUUUGCCAAAAUGGGGCGAGCUGCCCAUCGAGCAAUACAUGAUCAGACACUGGGACUUCGUCGCCGCAGAGUCCCCUGACCAACAACGCCUCUGCCUAAUUCGGCAAUUUAUCGAUGUGGAUGAGAUCCCCCGCGAAUGGGAUCCGGUCAACUACGGCGCACCGCCGCCCCGUAUGCCCACCGUGGAAGAAAUUGACCUGAUCCUCCGUCCCUGGCGGUCGGACGAGCUACGCAAGAAAGUAUGGCAGAUGUUAGAGUCUGGCGCCCUUGCCCCGAUCUUUCUCCGCACGCACUACGACCCGAAGGACGACGAGACGAUGGAGGAAUGGAUCAGUGCAUCAGAGGAGUUCGAGAACCAAGCCUGGUGGGCGUGUCUGAAUGAUGCCACUCUUUUCAACUUUGGCUCGGAUUGGCAGCACGUCUACGAAGUCAUGCCCGAGGUUGCGGGUCCGUUGAAUGGUGCCAGGUACAAGCGAUCUCCGGCAUCGGAACUCGUGGACAUGUCACGAGCACGGUUCAAGACCUGGCUGGCUAAGGCAAAGCAGAAUGAGCCUGAACGCUGGCGAGAGGACCCGCAUGCCUUUAUCGAAGUAGAGGGGGCCAGCCUCCUCCGCACAGUCGCAGCAGCCUACUUUCUAGUGGCAGAUCAAACGGCCUUCGAGACCGGCCACCUGCGCCUGAUGUAUGUGGAUUGGAAGCGGAAUGUCAUUCGGGAGACUCGUAUCUGUGUAGACGGACAGACGAUCACGGAUGUGAUCAUGGACUGGGACCAGUUGGGUCUGGCUCCUGAAUUUUGGGAGGAAGGCACUAUCGGGGACAGUAUGCCCGGUGAUGGAGUUGCUGACAACGGACAGCGCAUGGCUUAUGCCCACCGCGAAAUAGAACUUUACACGGCAGAUCGGACCACGAUCAACAACUAUCGCCUGCUCAUCUCUGGUAUCGCGCCACGGCCGAUCGACUUCAUCAGCACCGUCGACUCGAAAUGCUAG